AUGGUCGGGCAGAAUGCGCCGAGAUUUUUAUGGGCCAUAGCAUUGAUCAAGAUGGUCAGAUCGAUGGUCUCUGGAUACCCAGAGCCAACGUGGAUGCUGCUAGUGGAGGCGGAGACACGGAGCGCGUCCACUUACUCUGCUGGCAACAUGCCGGGGGCCCACGAUGAUGCGGAUGAAUACGACAUGGUUCAGGCCGAAAGUACAGAUUCGGAACUGGCCGAAGGCGCUGCUCUUCACAGGCAGCGAAGGGAGCGGCGAGCCUCAAUGGGCAGAACUCCCAAGAGACCUGCUUCCUCCGCCCCGGGCUCCAGUUCACCGUGCGGAUCUAGCGAAGAAACAAUGUCAGAUGAAGUACCUACGGAGCAGCCCAGUGAUAGCAGUGGUGGAGCAGAACCUGUGGUCGAAGAGGUGCGUGCCCCUUGCAGCCGCGCCUCCAGACCCCCUGGUCACGCACAGUGCAUUCAGGCCGGCUGA